AGCAGUCGCCAGUGAGACGCGGUACCCCGCGAGGGCUUUCGUCGUUUGUUCGUUCGUCUAUACGUGUGUCUAUAUGUCCGUCAUCUCCCUUCCGCUUAAACCUAUCGUGGUCGUACGUACGUUCAUUCGUUCGUCCGGUCCGUGUGUGGUGCGUCUCCCUUCGCUUGCUUUCAACGACACUUGCCACCGGUCGCGACUAUCGUCUCUGUGUCAAAGUACAUCUCUGUCUUACUCUAUCUCUCUCUCCUCGUUUCUCUUGGCGUGCCCGACCGAAAAGACAAGAUGGCUGCCGACUCAGGAAUGGAGACGUGUCCCUCCCCGGAGAUUGCAGACUCCAGGAAGCGGCCGCUCGAUUGUGACGCGGAAAAUGGCGCGACGAAGAGGUCUCAUUACGGAUCAGGAGGAGAUGGAACAUAUCACCUCAAAGUAUUGGUCCCUGGCGUGGCUGCCGGAGCAAUCAUUGGGAAAGGUGGGGAUACAAUUGCCCAACUGCAAAAAGAUACAGGAGCUAGGGUCAAAAUGUCUAAAUCCCAUGAUUUCUACCCAGGAACAACAGAGAGAGUAUGUUUAAUAACCGGUAGUUUAGAAGCUAUAAUGGCAGUUAUGGAAUUUAUUAUGGAUAAAAUUCGCGAGAAACCAGAUCUUACAUUGAAGACAACUGUUGACUUUGAAUCGGGGAAAACUUCAGCAGAGAGGGAUAAACAGGUAAAAAUUGUAUUUAUAUUCUUUGUUUCUAUCUAUACAGAAUCUAUAUUAAAAAUUUUUAAACAAAUUAAAGAAGAAUCUGGCUCUUAUAUUCAAAUAAGUCAGAAGGCAAAGGAUGUAUCUUUGCAAGAACGAUGUAUAACGGUAAUUGGCGAUAAGGAAAAUAACCGUACCGCGUUAAUGAUGAUAUUAGCAAAAGUGGCAGAUGAUCCACAAAGUGGUACAUGCACAAAUGUUAGUUAUGCAGAUGUUUGUGGUCCUGUAGCUAAUUACAAUCCCACAGGCAGUCCUUAUGCUCAAGCACCUACAAGUACUCCCACAUAUACUUCUACAACUGGAAUUAAUACAGUGAGUCUCUUGAACGGUGCUGGUUUAAGCUUGAACUUGAAUUUAGGAGCUGCGAUUACAGCGGGUACAGCACCAGUGACAACGCAAUUGUUGGAACAUAUAAAAUUAAAUUUACGAACGGCAGGUUUUUCGGAACCUGCUGCUAGUGAAAUUUUGUCUGCUAUCGCUACACUUGCUAAAUAUAAUCUUCUUGGAAUGGGCAUCGGGAUGACUUCUAGUAUGAGUUACCUUGGAAAUCCUAUGGAUAGCACCACAACUGCAAAUGGUUCGAAUAAUAACGGCGGCGUAUUUGGGCCAAUUGGAACAGUUCCUGCACUUGGAUCCACGUCUCCUACACCACGUAAUACACUUGACAGAUACGAGCCCUUUGAUCCGUUCAGACAAAACAACACAGCUGCCAGUGCUAUUCAUCUAAACAACAAUUCGUUUGGCCUGGGCACUAACCAGUUAUCACUUGUAAGUAAGAGUCCUACACAGGUAGACGCCAGCAACAAGGAGACCAAGAAAGUAGACAUAGAAAUUGCAGAGGUUAUAGUGGGAGCUAUUCUGGGACCCGGUGGUCGUGCCCUCAUUGAGAUUCAGCACCUAAGUGGCGCCAGCAUACAAAUCUCUAAAAAGGGCAUGUUCGCUCCUGGUACCAGGAACCGGAUAGUGACUAUCACGGGUUAUCCUAAUGCAAUCGGCACUGCUCAAUAUUUAAUUGAGCAAAGGAUCAGUGAAGAGGAAGCAAAAAGAGCACGUCAGAGUGCCCUCGCCAAUAUGAUCCAUUGAUUUCAAGUACAGCACUUUUGUUCAUCCCCAUUAUUGAGCUCCGUUAUUCAUCUUUUCACAUCUUGAGAUGAUGCUGCGGUAGCUCUUCUCUUCCCUUCUUUAAAACACUCGUCCACUACCACCUACCACCCGUUGUCAUCUGUCGCUACAUCACUAUAGCGCUUGCAUUCUCACAUCAUGUUCAUGCGCAUCCAUCAUGAUUCGUCAACAUUUAUCUAUCUUUUAAGAUUAUUAUGAUAUAUAAAUAUUAUAUGUUAAAUGAUAACUACUACAAUUGUUCUGUGAUACACCAUGUUACGGGGCUUUAUCACAAAUAACACACGUACCAGAUCAGAGUCACAUAAUAUAUCUAGUUGUAUGGUAUAGGAUAUUGAAAGAAGGCAUGAUAAAACUAUAAUUAUAUUAGAAACGAAAUGGCACAAUUUGGCCAUAGUUGUUCUUGAAGGGUCAAGACGGCAAUGUUACACAUGGGUAAUUGUUUCGUUUCAUAAAAAUAAAUAUUUUUUCUUUUUUUUUUAUAGGAGCAUAAUCUUACUACGAAUGCAAGAGAUACUUUAAGUUAGAAGGUCAUACAGAACUCAC